AUGCGGAUCGCAGAGACUUUCGACGCUGUGUCCCAGACCAAUUCCAUAAAGGGGAUCAGUUUUGAGGACACACUUUUCCCUCCAGAUGUGGAUUUUUUCCCCGUCUAUAACGGAUCAGAUUCUGUCAAUCCACUGAACGAUUCUAAGGACCCGUUUUACAAUUUUAUGUGCCCCCAGGUGGAGGAAACAUCCUCCAUCGUGUCAGAACAUAUGCCUCUCGGAUUAGAAGCAAUCCCAAAUUUUUCGUCAUACAUGGAUAGCGGUAUCAAAGACCCUAUUACGAAAACAGUCGACUCUUUGUUAGACUCUUCCGCAACUUUGGCAAGUGGGAAUUCCGACAAAAAAUCGUGCGAGAUCUCAUUCGAUAACUAUGGAACUCCCAGGCGGCAGGAUUCGCCUGAUGUGACGCCUCCAUUCCGGCCUCAAGUGUCGCGGCGAAAUUCGGUUAAUAUCUCUCCUACGUUCCGAUUACCAGGUUCAGCAGAUUCUUCGGCCUCCUCAGUACUGACAGAUUGUCCCACAAACGACGUCAAGCGAAGGGCAUCGGCUGCUGCCGUGGAACAGGGUACUGCUGAAUGUGCCUGCAAUAACUUGGCACCAAAUAUCGAGAACAAAAGAAAAUUCAAAUGCUGUGUCUGUGGCAAGGGCUUUAGGAGGCCUUCUUCAUUGGCCACACAUUCAAAUAUACAUACUGGUUUCAAGCCGUAUGUUUGUCCCUACGAAAAUUGUCAUAAAUCCUUCAAUGCGAAGUCAAAUAUGUUUCGACAUUAUAAGUUGCAUUUCAAACUACCUUCAGGCGCGUACAUGUUACCCAAUGGAGAAAUCACCACAACGAAACCCAGUUCAAAACAGCUUCUUCCAGACGAUUACAACGAACUCUCCGAUUGCUAA